UAAAAUGUCAUCCAAUGCACCCUAUUAGGUUUCAACUUUCAACCAUGGCGCAUCUCGGCGGUGGCGCUGAAGCCCACGCACGGUUCAAACAGUACGAAUACAGAGCAAACUCCAGUCUAGUUCUAACCACCGAUUCUCGUCCACGUGAAACUCACGAACCCACCGGAGAACCAGAAUCACUUCGGGGAAGAAUCGAUCCAAAAAACUUCGGUGACCGUGUUGCUCACGACCGUCCACCGGAACUCAACGACAAAAUCAACGCGGCGAAGAAAAAGAAGAAGGAAAGGGAACGUGAUCCGAUUGAUUCUGUUUCGACGAGACGCAGUAAACGCCGUCGUCUUCAGGAAGAAAGUGUUUUAACUGCUACUGAUGACGGUGUUUAUCAGCCGAAGACGAAGGAGACUCGUGCUGCUUAUGAAGCUAUGUUGAGUGUUAUUCAACAGCAGCUUGGUGGUCAGCCGUUGAGUAUUGUUAGCGGUGCGGCGGAUGAGAUUCUUGCUGUUUUGAAGAAUGAUACUGUUAAGAAUCCUGAUAAGAAGAAGGAUAUUGAGAAGCUUUUGAAUCCUAUUCCUGUUCCUGUGUUUGAUCAGCUUGUUUCGAUUGGGAAGUUGAUAACUGAUUUUCAGGAGGUUGGGGAGGCUGUUAAUGGGUCUGGUGGUGAUGUGGAUGGUGGUCUUGAUGAUGAUGUCGGUGUUGCGGUUGAGUUUGAAGAGAAUGAAGAUGAUGAGGAUGAGGAGAGUGAUCUUGAUGUUGUUCAGGAGGAUGAAGAGGAAGUGGAGGAUGAUAUUGCUGAAGCUAAUGGUUCUGGUGGUAUGCAAAUGGGUGGUGGUAUUGAUGAUGAGGAUAUGGAGGAUGCUAAUGAAGGGAUGAAUUUGAAUGUGCAGGAUAUUGAUGCUUAUUGGUUACAGAGGAAAAUUUCUCAUGCUUUUGAGCAGCAGAUUGAUCCGCAACAAUGUCAGAAGCUUGCUGGGGAAGUGUUAAAUAUUUUGGCUGAGCCCGAUGAUAGGGAAGUUGAGAAUAAGCUUUUGUUUCAUUUGGAGUUUGACAAGUUUAGUUUUAUUAAGUUUUUGUUGCGAAAUAGGCUGAAGAUUGUGUGGUGUACUCGUUUGGCUAGGGCACAAGAUCAGGAGGAGAGGGAGAAGAUUGAAGAAGAGAUGAAUGGUUCUGAUUUGUUGCAGCCGAUUUUGGAGCAGUUGCAUGCUACCAGGGCAUCUGCUAAGGAGAGACAGAAAAACUUGGAGAAGAGUAUAAGAGAAGAGGCUAGAAGGUUGAAAGAUGAUACUGUUGGAGAUGGAGACAAGGAGAGAGAUAGGGAUAGAGAUAGAAGAAGGAGGGGAGUUGAUAGAGAUGGCGAGAGUGGCUGGUUGAAGGGUCAACGUCAGAUGCUUGAUUUAGAUAACCUUGCUUUUGAACAAGGUGGUUUGUUUAUGGCGAAUAAAAGACGUGAUCUUCCUUAUGGGUCUUAUAGGAAUCUUAGCAAAGGUUAUGAAGAAAUUUAUGUUCCGGCAUUGAAAGCUAAACCCCUUGAUCCUAAUGAGAAGCUUUGGAAGAUUUCUGCUAUGCCUGAUUGGGCACAACCAGCUUUCAAAGGAAUGACACAAUUGAAUAGAGUGCAGAGCAAAGUUUAUGAAACUGCUCUCUCUAAGCCAGAUAAUCUUUUGCUAUGUGCUCCAACUGGUGCUGGAAAAACCAACGUUGCUGUUCUUACUAUCCUUCAACAGAUUGACCAACACAGGAAUCCCGACGAUGGUUCUAUUGACCACAGUGCAUAUAAAAUUGUUUAUGUUGCACCAAUGAAAGCUCUUGUGGCUGAGGUUGUUGGUAACCUGUCUAACCGGUUGCAAGAAUAUAAUGUUAAGGUUAGGGAGCUCAGUGGAGACCAGUCACUAACAAGGCAGCAGAUAGAAGAGACUCAGAUCAUCGUGACAACUCCCGAGAAGUGGGAUAUCAUCACACGAAAAUCAGGAGACCGAACUUAUACACAGCUUGUGAAGCUUCUCAUCAUCGAUGAGAUUCAUCUCCUCCACGAUAACAGAGGGCCUGUUCUUGAGAGUAUUGUUGCUAGAACACUCAGGCAGAUAGAAACAACAAAAGAUUUUAUCCGUUUGGUGGGAUUGUCGGCAACUCUCCCUAACUAUGAAGAUGUGGCAAAAUUCUUGCGUGUUAAUCCGGACAAGGGGCUGUUUUAUUUCGAUAACAGUUACAGACCUGUGCCUCUUUCUCAACAAUAUGUGGGAAUCACAGUAAAGAAGCCGCUUCAGAGGUUCCAAUUGAUGAACGAUAUCUGUUAUGAAAAAGUUAUGGGUGUAGCUGGUAAGCAUCAAGUUCUUAUCUUUGUACAUUCAAGGAAAGAAACUGCCAAAACUGCUAGAGCCAUCAGAGAUGCCGCACUUGCAAAUGAUACUCUUGGUAGAUUCCUUAAAGAAGAUAGUGCAAGCCGUGAGAUUCUUCACACUCAUACUGAUCUUGUGAAGAGUAGUGACCUUAAAGAUCUUCUGCCGUAUGGUUUUGCUAUUCAUCAUGCUGGUAUGACAAGGACAGAUCGGCAACUUGUUGAGGAUCUGUUUGCUGAUGGACAUGCACAAGUUUUGGUAUCUACUGCUACCCUUGCCUGGGGUGUGAAUCUCCCAGCCCAUACAGUUAUUAUCAAAGGGACACAGAUUUACAACCCUGAAAAAGGGGCCUGGACUGAACUGAGUCCUCUCGAUGUCAUGCAGAUGUUGGGUCGUGCCGGAAGGCCCCAAUAUGACUCUUAUGGUGAGGGAAUAAUUGUUACUGGACACAGUGAGCUGCAGUAUUAUCUCUCUCUGAUGAACCAGCAACUUCCUAUUGAGAGCCAGUUUAUUUCCAAGCUGGCCGAUCAGCUGAAUGCAGAGAUUGUUCUCGGUACUGUCCAAAAUGCGAAGGAAGCCUGUCAUUGGCUUGAAUACACUUACUUGUCUGUCCGUAUGGAAAGGAAUCCUUCUCUAUAUGGUUUAGCUCAGGAUGCCCUAACAAGAGAUGAAACAUUGGAGGAGGAGAAGAGCCAUUCAAAAAAAAAAAUAUUGGAGGAGAGGAGGGCUGAUUUGAUUCACACAGCUGCAACCAUCUUAGAUAGAAAUAAUUUGGUGAAGUAUGAUAGGAAGAGUGGAUAUUUUCAGGUCACCGACCUGGGUCGAAUUGCAAGUUACUAUUAUAUAACACACAGAACCAUAUCCACAUAUAAUGAGCAUUUGAAGCCUACUAUGGGGGAUAUAGAGCUUUGUCGAUUGUUCUCACUGAGUGAAGAAUUCAAGUAUGUAACUGUAAGGCAAGAUGAGAAGAUGGAGCUCGCAAAGCUUUUAGAUCGCGUUCCCAUUCCCAUCAAGGAAAGUCUGGAAGAGCCAAGUGCCAAGAUCAAUGUUUUACUGCAAUCUUACAUCUCACAGUUAAAGCUUGAAGGGCUCUCGAUGACAUCUGAUAUGGUUUUUAUAACCCAGAGUGCUGGACGUCUUUUGCGGGCUCUUUUUGAGAUUGUCCUGAAACGCGGCUGGGCACAAUUGGCUGAGAAGGCUUUGAACUUAUGCAAGAUGGUGACCAAGAGGAUGUGGAGUGUCCAAACUCCUCUUCGUCAGUUCAAUGGAAUUCCAAGUGAUAUAUUAAAAAGUUUGGAGAAGAAGGAUUUGGCUUGGGAAAGGUAUUAUGACCUGUCAUCACAAGAGAUAGGUGGACUUAUUCAUGCAACGAAGAUGGGGAGGACCCUUCAUAAAUUUAUCCAUCAAUUUCCAAAGCUGAAUCUUGCAGCACAUGUGCAGCCCAUUACUCGCACAGUUUUGGGGGUUGAGCUCACAAUUACUCCAGAUUUUGCAUGGGAUGACAGAAUACAUGGAUAUGUUGAGCCGUUCUGGGUGAUUGUGGAGGAUAAUGAUGGUGAAUAUAUCCUUCAUCACGAGUAUUUUUUGCUGAAAAAACAGUAUAUUGAGGAGGAUCACACUUUAAAUUUCACAGUGCCAAUAUAUGAGCCUCUUUCUCCUCAAUACUUCAUCCGUGUUGUUUCUGAUAAAUGGCUGGGAUCCCAAACUGGUUUGCCAGUUUCUUUCAGGCAUCUAAUAUUACCUGAAAAGUAUCCUCCACCUACUGAACUAUUGGAUCUGCAACCACUGCCGGUUACUGCCUUGAGAAAUCCAUCCUAUGAAUCUCUUUAUCAGGAGUUUAAGCAUUUCAAUCCGGUACAAACACAGGUCUUCACAGUGUUGUAUAAUUCUGACGACAAUGUCUUAGUUGCUGCUCCAACUGGGAGUGGCAAGACUAUAUGUGCAGAAUUUGCAAUUUUGAGGAAUCAUCAAAAAUUGCCUGACAGUGUCAUGCGUGUUGUUUAUGUUGCACCUAUCGAAGCUCUUGCCAAGGAACGGUAUCGUGAUUGGGAGAAGAAGUUUGGGGGUGGUCUCAAGUUGAAGGUAGUGGAGUUAACAGGAGAAACUGCUACUGAUCUAAAACUGCUUGAGAAAGGUCAGGUUAUUAUUAGUACUCCAGAGAAAUGGGAUGCUUUGUCCCGCCGCUGGAAACAGAGGAAACAUGUUCAGCAAGUUAGUCUCUUCAUCAUUGAUGAGCUCCACUUAAUUGGAGGUCAAGGAGGUCCCAUUUUAGAGGUUAUUGUAUCCAGGAUGAGAUAUAUAGCUAGUCAGGUUGAAAACAAGAUUCGUAUUGUGGCUUUGUCAACUUCACUUGCAAAUGCAAAGGAUCUGGGAGAAUGGAUUGGAGCUACAUCCCAUGGCCUUUUCAAUUUCCCCCCUGGUGUUCGUCCUGUUCCAUUGGAAAUUCACAUUCAAGGUGUAGAUAUUGCUAAUUUUGAGGCUAGGAUGCAGGCAAUGACCAAACCAACUUACACUUCUAUUGCCCAACAUGCCAAGAAUGGGAAACCUGCUAUUGUAUUUGUCCCUACAAGAAAGCAUGUUCGACUGACAGCUGUGGAUUUGAUUACAUACUCAGGUGCAGACAGUGGCGAGAAGCCUUUUUUGCUGCGGUCUAUAGAAGAGCUUGAACCUUUUAUUAACAAGAUCAGUGAUGAAAUGUUGAAAGUCACCUUACGUGAAGGUGUUGGCUACUUGCACGAAGGCUUGAAUAGUCUUGACCAUGACAUCGUAGCGCAACUGUUUGAAGCUGGCUGGAUUCAGGUCUGCGUUUUAUGCAGUUCCAUGUGUUGGGGAGUGACACUGUCCGCUCAUUUGGUGGUUGUAAUGGGAACACAGUACUAUGAUGGGCGGGAGAAUGCUCAGACAGAUUACCCAGUUACUGAUUUGCUACAAAUGAUGGGUCAUGCUAGCCGUCCUUUGGUGGACAAUUCUGGAAAAUGCGUCAUCUUAUGCCAUGCAUCACGUAAAGAGUACUACAAGAAGUUUCUUUAUGAAGCAUUCCCAGUUGAAAGCCACCUUCAUCACUUCUUGCAUGACAACUUAAAUGCUGAAAUUGUUGCUGGGAUUAUUGAGAACAAGCAAGAUGCUGUAGAUUACCUUACAUGGACAUUUAUGUACAGGAGGCUCACCCAGAAUCCUAAUUACUACAAUUUACAAGGAGUUAGUCAUAGGCAUCUUUCUGACCACCUCUCAGAGAUGGUGGAAAAUACAUUGAGUGAAUUAGAAGCAAGCAAGUGUGUUGCUAUUGAGGAUGAUAUGGAUCUUUCUCCUCUUAACCUUGGAAUGAUUGCGUCAUAUUAUUACAUCAGUUACACAACAAUUGAAAGGUUUUCAUCAUCAUUGUCCUCAAAAACAAAAAUGAAGGUUCUGUUGGAGGUUCUGUCAUCUGCAUCAGAGUAUGCUCACCUUCCAAUUCGACCUGGGGAAGAAGAGGUGGUUCGUAGGUUAAUCAACCACCAAAGGUUUUCCUUUGAAAACCCGGAAGUCACUAACCCACAUGUUAAAGCAAAUGCUUUGCUGCAGGCCCAUUUCUCUAGGCAAUUUGUUGGUGGCAAUCUAUCACUGGACCAGAGGGAGGUACUGCUUUCUGCAAACAGACUGCUACAGUCAAUGGUUGAUGUAAUAUCGAGCAAUGGUUGGUUGAGCAAGGCUCUUCUUGCUAUGGAAGUAAGUCAAAUGGUAACACAAGGAAUGUGGGAGCGAGAUUCUAUGUUGCUACAGCUUCCACACUUCACAAAGGAUUUGGCUAAGAAAUGCCAGGAGAACCCAGGGAGGAGUGUAGAAACUGUCUUUGAUUUGUUAGAGAUGGAAGAUGACGAGAGACGGGAAUUGUUGAACAUGACAGAUUCGCAGCUUUUGGAUAUUGCUCGAUUUUGCAACCAUUUUCCUAAUAUUGAUUUGACAUACGAAAUCUUGGACAAUGACAAUGUGCGAGCUGGGGAUGAUGUAACACUACAGGUUACUCUGGAACGGGAUCUCGAGGGAAAAACAGAAGUAGGACCCGUCAAUGCUCCUAGGUAUCCGAAAGCCAAGGAAGAAGGGUGGUGGCUUGUUGUUGGUGAUACCAAAACCAACAUGUUGCUUGCAAUUAAACGUGUGUCGUUGCAGCGUAAGUUGAAAACCAAACUAGAGUUUCCUGUUCCUUCUGAUGCUGGAAAGAAAUCCUAUGUCCUCUACUUCAUGUGUGAUUCUUACAUCGGUUGUGAUCAGGAGUAUGGUUUCACCCUUGAUGUUAAGGAAGCAGAUGGUGAUGAUGAAUGAAUUAAAAAUUUCAUGAAAGCUGCAAAUGAGAAAAGGAUAAUACUUCCAUGCUGAAGUUUUUAUUUGUUCUGGUAAAUACUAUACUUAUUCUUAUUUAAAAGUUUACUGAUUAUAGAGUAUUCAGUACUAAUUACAUGCCUUAACAUUGUGGCUGGUAAUGAAGUAAUUGCAGCUAGAAAUAACAUAAGGAUGUAACACUGUAGGCUGAUUAUGGAAAAACUGUAACACUGGAACAUUUUUGUUCAUUUUCUUGAGGAUUAAUGGUAUCAAUUGUAAUGACCAAAUCCUUAAUUUUCCCAUAUCCAACCCGGAGAACUCGUUAUUAUGUCUCCAUACAUGCUUUUAUAUGGUUUUGGAGAUCUGCUGAACUUAGCUUUUUCUGUAGUUGUACAGCAGUUUGGUUAUCCAAGUUUAUUUUCCCAACUUGAAAGAUAACACACAAUUUGAUGUCAAAGCAAACCCCUUUUUUAACCAUCUAAAUUUUGUCGUUAUCGAUUGCUUAAACUUAUUGAAUGUUUGUGAGUUAGCAAUAUGAUUUAUGACUGUACAGUUUGUAGUAGUAUAUGGAACAAAUAGUUAUGACUUGUUGAAUAUAUUUAUUAUUUUUUUUCAAAAACAAAUUUCUUCUCUUUCACUGUAUCAUGUGUUUUUACACUAAACAGUUUGCUUGUUAUCGUUUUUACUCCUUCCGGUCCUUUCUAUAAGAAACACUUUGAAAAAAUCACAGACCAAGUAAGCACAAUUAACAUAGUUAUUUUCAUUUAAUAGUCUUAUAAAUUUAAAUAUAUUUCAUGUAUAUCCUUAUUUAAUUAGUCUUUAUUCAACUAACUUACUUAUUUUUAAAUUCCUUCUCAUAAUAAAUAAGGACAUAAGUGAAAUUGAACAUUUAAAAUAUUUGAAAAUUUGUCAAAGUUUCUUAUAAAAAUGACCAAUUUUUUCCCCAAAUUGUUUCUUAUAAAAAAGAUAGGAGAGAGUAUAUAACAUUUGCUGUCUCAGGCAUUUGUGUUUAAUUGUAGACUUGAGAGAAUCACUUCUGCCAAUGCUAGAGCCAUUAGUAUCAAAUGGACCACUUCUCAUGUCAUACUCCAAAAUUCCUUCAAGUGUAUCCUUUUUCAAUUCCCCUUCAUGCUUUUUUUCCCUAAUUUUUCUAUCAUUUUGCAUUUUCAAUUGCCACAUAGUAUUCUUGUAUUCUUGACACUUGAAUUCUUAGAGUUAUUGUUUCAAUUAAUUAGAAACGCUAUCAUAUAUUCUUGUACAUACCCAUUGCACAUAUGGAUUGUGGUCAGUAACUUCCUUUACUCCUCUUAUUUAUUCAUUUUUACUUUUUAAGAUCAUUUAGGAUUUUUAUCUUCUUCAUUAUUAAUCCCUUGAUGUUCUUCGGGUGGACUAUACCGCGGUGUUUGUUUUCCGGCUCUUGAUGCUUGUCGAUAAUGGGUUUGCUGCAAGAAUGGGUUUGUAAGCCCUUCCAUCCAUUCACUUUUUAUAUAUUUAGCUGGUUUUCUUCAUUAUUACUAUGGUAGAUGAGAUGUGGUGUUUCGCUGUUCUGUUCUGAUGUGUUGUGUUUCUUUUAAUCUAUCUAAUUGAAGUUAAGCUAUAUCUAAAUGUACAAUAACCUGCACUUUAUAACUAAGGUUCUUGUACUCUAUUGAUCACCAGUUCAUAUAGAUAUUGAUAUCAUUGAUAGAAUCAAUCUGUAUGCCACAGUUUACUUGUGGUGACAUAGUAUUAGAUGCAAUAACUUUAGUAUGAGCAAAAUUUUGAGACCUCUUCUAGCUUAGCCAAGGUCGUGGGUUCGAUUCCUAGCUUGGGCUUGCAGCAACAUUAAAAUUCUUAGGGAGAGUUUGCCACCCGUCGCAAAUGUACAAUUGCAACAUUUUCUUUAAAAGGUUAGAUCAUUUUGAACUUAGAUCUUUGAUAAAGGAAUCAUGGCUUCUUUAAAAGGUUAGUCAUUUUGAACUAUGACAACAUUUAAAGAUUAUAUUAUGUCUCCAACACCAAUUAUUUAGUGAUUUUGUUGAUAUAUUGGAUCAGGUGAAUAUGGAUUAUAGUGGUUGGGCAUGAAUUUGAGUUAGUGGCGUGAUGCUAGCUUUGUCAAUGUGGUAAUGCCUAUGCUCACUUCCAUGAUAUUAUAUGCAAUAAUGCAUUGAGUAUAGUUGGUUUAUGCAGUCUGUUGGUGGUGCAGAAGGGUGAACUACGGGUGAACGGUGUUGUCGAUUCAAAUCUUGUGGUUCUUCUCCAUUCAGAUUCAUAAGUUUCUUCAUUGUUGAGAUGUUAUUACGAUGAAUUUGAUAAAAUCACGAUAACACAGAAAUUAAAUGUAGAAAUUAUAAAAUGUAGCUUUAGCCAAAAUUGUGGUGAUCUGCUGUGAUUUUGUCAAUGUUAUCGCUAAACCAAACAUGCAUUGAGAAACGUUUCGGCUAUCCUAUAAAGAAGCAUGGUUUUAUAUAAACAAAGUUUCUUAAAAUCCA